AUGACGCUGAUCAAAAAGUCAUCUAAAGUAACCCCAAUUAAUGUUAAACCAGGAAAAAAUAACAGUAUUUUCAACAAAAGCAAGGAUGUCGCUAGCAAUAUAAAAUUUAUCGUUUAUGUUCAAGCGCUGCUUGGAAUUAAUCGUGUUUAUUUGAUGAAAUGUGGAAGACUUGUGACUUGGUUCUCCCGAACGUAUAGUUUGUUACUCAUGAUUCUGACCAUUUUAUUUAUGAUUAACUUCAGGAACGAAAGCGCUUCUUUUGUCGUCAUUCAAGAUACCUCUUGCACUGUGUAUGCUUUCCUGAUCUUCAACUCCAUCCUCUUUAAGAAGAAAACUUUCGAUGUUUUUUUUGCUAACAUGAACACGUUUGAUGAAAUUUUGAAUAUUAAUAAAGAUUUCAAUGUAACGUCUCCGAGUUACAGAAGCUUAAUUUGGAUGUCUAUUAGUGUUGUAUACAGCGUGAUAGAAUUCGGAUUAUUUUAUGCGUACGGUCAAGCUAGUUAUGUUAUGAUCAUAAUGAACUUAACUUUGAUGGCGUACGAUAGCGAACAAAUGUUGUUUUGUACUUUAAUAAGAAUGAUUUUGAUCAGAGUACGCGUGAUAAAAGCGCAUGUGACGAAGAAAUUUGGGAAAGUAACUAAAGAGCUGGACAGAGUGGACGAGUUAUCAAGGAAUGUCCAACUCGAUACUAUAUCACUGCAUACAACAUAUGAGUUGUUACACAAGUGCGCUGAACAGCUCAAUUCUGUAAUGAGUUUGCCGAUGAUAGUUUCAUUGUUUUGCUCGGGGUUGUCAAGCACACUGCUUAUGAAAAAUGUAUUUAAAGCAUUGCAAAUGGAUGACUCUGAUUCUACAUUGAAACAGCUGAUGAUCAUAUACAGCUCAGUAAGAUGCUUGAAGUACACCAUAUCGGUGGUUUUUCCCUGCUACUACUCCAGUGUGACCACAACACAAGUGUCACACAUACGGACUAUGUUGCACGAUGCUGCCAACAGAGGGGAACUUGAUAAAAUUGAAAGGCGACAAGUGAAGGCAUUUUUCCAAUUGACCCGCGAGAAUGAGUUCGCUUACGCACUCUGGGGCGUGAUCAGGCUAAACAUGUCUCUCCCGCUGAGCUACUCCAGCCUCUGUACUACCUACCUCGUCAUCAUCAUACAGUUCUCCAAGUUUAUCGACUAAGAAUUGUUCUGUAUUAACUAUGCGUACACUGUCUGAAGUGUGAUCAGAUUAAACAUGUCUCUGCCGCUCAGGUACCCCAGCACCUUCUGAGGUAGAUGGUGCUGGGGUACCAUAAUACAGUUACAGUUACAUUAUCAUAAUACAGUUCUCCAAAUUUAUCGACUAAGAUCUGUUUUGUAUUGAAUACGCGUAUGCUAUCUGGGGUGUGAUCAGACUAAUCAAAUAAUAUAUCUGCCACUGAGGUACUCCAGCUUCUGCAGCACCUACUUUGUUAUCAUUGUAUAUAUUAAGUUUGCGUACGUUAUCUGAGAUGUGAUUAUACUCAUCACCUCGUAUCAUCAUC